AUUUACGUGGUUCGCCCCUCGAGACUCCCUUUCCCGAAGUUGUUGCUCACUUUUAAACUGAGCCAUCCCGCACUCACCCUCACUUUUUUUUUCUGCCUGCAAGCUUUCUCUUUUUGUGUUCCUUCUGCCUUCGGCGCGCUAAGUUCUAUUUCCGGACGGGCCGAGUCGCCCAGCUCGUCCCGCAAGAAGUGCUCACGAGGGAACGUCGCAGGAUCGAGCAAGCGGCUGCUGAUAGUUUAGGCCUAUAACACCAAGAAGCCGGUGUCAUGCGGCAGCUCAAGCAGGCCGACGUGCAACAAAAAGAGUGGGAGGAUGACCUGCAGCCGCACCAGCGCGACAACACCAAGGAGAGCCAGAUUCUGAUAUGGAUCUGGAACUGCCUCGAGAUGGUCAGCUGCCUCGACUAUGACCAGUUCCUCAAAGAUGGUGUGGCUCUCUGCAAGCUGAUGAAUCACGUGCGGCCUGGCUCGGUGACCAUGGAGGAAGUGAGCACCGGCAGCGACUUCCGUCAGAAGCGGCGCAACAUCGAGCUCUUUCUGCGCGCCGCCAAGUCGUACGGCGUCGAGGAGCGCCUGCUGUUCCAGCCCGAGGACCUGCUCUUUCUGCGGCACCUGCCCCGAGUCACCAGGUGCAUCUACGCCCUGGGAAAGUUGGUGGAUCAGGACUCGAGCUACAAGGGUCCCAAGCUGGGCGAGGAGCCCUACGACCCCGUGAACGCGGCGGCCGGUCGGCGUCGUGGAGGCAUGCCCAUCGGCGACGACAUCUACGUGGCACACGUCAACGUCCGUGACGUCAUCCGCCGGCUGCCAUCAAUGACCGAAGGGGAAGACAUCAUAUCCAUCGGUUGAACUCCGCGCAGGCUACAGUGCUGAAUGCAGUGAAACAUUUGUUACCGGCAACAAAAAGUAAUGAGGGAGGUUGCAGGGCCUCCGGAACCGGGACCUGUGGAGGCGGAUGCCUCCAAAGGUUCCACUGAUGAGUGGGGACGCAGUGCACCUUGAGGGUUGACCUUCCUCUAACAUAGUAACUCUUUAACAUUGAUUUCACAGCAGAGAAAAAGUUCGCAUAGGCCGAAAUGAGCCUAAGGUUUCGCGACAACAUUGUGUUACAAUUUUAUAAUGAAACCAUUAACUAUCGUGCGGUCUGAUAUUAAAAUUGACAGGUAUGUGUUCUUUAGAGAUACCUUAAAACUGGCGAAAUAUAAGUACAGGUGUAAUGUCGCGAUUGUUACAAAGCAAAGAAGUGUGCUCACUGGUGACACUACACUAUGGUUUAAAGUGUCAUGCCAUAUAAGCCGGUUUCCGCGCUGGUGAUAUAACAUUGCCUGCAGCUCAAGCAAUGUAUACACGCGUGUGUUUACAACUCUCAGUUGUACAGUCUGUGACAAUAGAAACUAUACGCUCAAGAAUUAAGACAUUUAGUCCGAUGUUCGUUUCAUGUAUGCAAGCAGUCUGGUGUUGUAUAACUCGCAGGAUAGCGACACCUACAUACUGCACAAUUGAGUGCCGUGAACAUCUGCGUGCGAUAUUCGCUGUCCUGCAUAAUCACAACAGUGUCCUGCGCUUUUCAUCUUUAAAGUUAUUUUUUGCCCUGUCUCUUUCUGCCUCUGUAUGUCUAAGCAUCUUAGAUGAACUUGCUGUUGGGAUAGGUUGUAACUCAUUCUGGUAAAACAAAUUAGAGUACAAAAAUAAAACACACACACAUCGACGCAUACACCCGCACAUGCAAUCCCUCCAAAAAGACCCCCCCGACACAGGCGCCUAUGUCUGGCGCCUGUGUCUAUGGGGUCUUCUUCGUUGAGUGCGUCUACGGGUGUGUGCAUGGGUGUGGGUGUGCUUUUCUUUUUUUACUCUAAUUUAUUUUACCAGAAUGUCUAAGUAGCUGCAGAUAUAAUGAAUUAGAGGACAUCGCAUUCGGAACCAAUUAAAACAUUUAUCUUUUAA